GUUUUUCAUUUGUGUCUUUGUAGAGACCUCAAUUUGGCUUUCUAAGUAUCUUUUCCUGGUAAAGUAUUAAAAGCAAGUGCAUAUUUAGGUGCCUAAUUUUCUCACUACCGUACAUGCUCGCUUUGGCCCCAAAACCCCAAUAACCUUUGUGGCCUCGCACCUUCUGUGUUUUUCCCACGAGCAUGAUUCCUUCGUUCAAUCACAACAAGGCCUUGGGUUUACACCUUAGGCACUCGGUGUCCCAACCCGAGUUGGAGUCUCGGCCGAACGUAAACCAGGAAAAUGAUCAGACUGGUGCUCACGUAGUAUCUGCUCAUCACAUGAGCCCUCCAAAGCUUGUAGCUGAAUCUUCCCGCAACAAUAAAUUGCCCUCUUCAUUCAAUCCUCGUGAAGCAAAGAACAUGCCAUUGAUUGAGAAAAUCACAUCCUGGCUUUACAAUAUUCCUUGGUUCCAGGGCAAUGAUGGCGCGUGGUAUCUGGAGUGCUACCCUGGGCACGCUUCGUCAAAUGGCAACUCUGACGAGUUGACAAGCACACCUGAUGAUCAAGACAUUUUCGAGCAACAGGCCCGUCAGAUUACAAGAAUGAUUACCAACAGCUAUCUUUAUAAUGGCGAAGUUACUGCCCGCCCUUUAACGCAAACCCUGGAAAUCAGCUACCAGAGGUACUCUGAUGAUGGCUAUCUCUAUCGAUACGCGCAGAUCGAGCUCGAAGAAGACUCAGACUUCACAUAGAACUCUUCCAAAUUUGCUGAAUAAUUUGCUAAAUCAUUGAUCAUUCAUGACUUCGCUUUCUUUUUUUUUCCUUUUUCAUUUGCUAUUCUCACAUCCAUAUGUCCAAUUCUUCCACAUUAUAAGACACAGGGUCCGCCGGGGUUA